CUUGAUUUAGCUGACCCUUGUGUAAUUUAGUUGAUGUUUUGGUUAUUUGAGAUUUUGGGUUUUUUUUUUUGGUUCGAUGGGUCGUUGAUGAAGGUGAAGAUCCAAACUUUAGAAGAUUUCAGUUUAGGGUACUAAAUAGAAUUAUGGGGUUUGCUUCUUUUUUUUCAUGUUAUUGAUUGUUUUAGUAGGGAAAAGGGAUUUUUGGCUUCUCAAUGAAGCUAAAGAUGCAUGCUUGAGAUGUAUGGAUGUUUUGUUUUUUUGAAGUUUGUUAGCUUGGGGAUGGAAUAGCUAUUGGAUGGUUAAGACAUCCUAUAUUUAGAGAUAAAGAAGGGCGUGAGCUUUUUGUACAUCGUAUGCCUACUUUUUUUGAAAAAAUUCCAGUUGUUUUGGUAGUCAGAGACGGAAUUGUUAGAGCUGUUGUGCUUUUUCGAAGAGCAGAAUUGAAGUAUAGUGUUGAAAAAGCAGGAGUGCAGUUUGGGAAACUUUGAUUAAAUGAUAAUUAGUUGAGAAUAUAAGCAGUUGUUUCAGUUCUAUUAUACUCAGGAGUGCUUGGAUUGUUUAGUACAGUAUGGAGAUACAGACAAAUGGGAAACCAAUAGAUUCGCUGUUAGAGAAGGUCCUUUGUAUGAACAUACUAUCAUCAGAUUACUUCAAGGAGCUUUACCGAUUAAAGACAUACCAUGAAGUGAUAGAUGAAAUAUACAAUCAAGUUGACCAUGUUGAGCCAUGGAUGACUGGCAACUGUCGUGGUCCAUCUACUUCCUUUUGCCUUCUAUACAAGUUCUUCACCAUGAAACUCACUGUCAAACAAAUGCAUGGUUUGCUAAAGCACAAGGAUUCUCCUUAUAUCAGAGCGGUUGGGUUCCUCUACCUGAGAUAUGCUGGGGAUCCAAAGACACUGUGGAAUUGGUUUGAACCAUAUAUUAAAGACGAUGAGGAAUUUUCUCCAGGAACUAGUGGAAGGAAGACGACAAUGGGUGUUUAUGUGCGUGAUUUGCUUCUCGGACAGUACUACUUUGAUACCCUUUUCCCCCGUAUUCCUGUUCCUGUCAUGCGGCAGAUCACAUCGAAUCUGGAGAAGUUGAAGCUACCAACAAAAAUCUCUGGUUCGACAGGGGAUGGAAACCGUCAUGGAUCUGAUGAUACGGCACGCCGGCCACCAUCUGUGAAGGCAGCACUUUCAGUCUCUUUUGGUCAGCGUGCUCCUCAUCGUGCAUCAACCAGGGAUUCGUCUCCUGUUCGUCGCACAAUACCUUCCCCCUCCUAUGACAGAACCAGUGAUGAUUCACGAAGUCGACUCGGCCAGAGUCGUGAAUAUUCUGAUAAAGAAUAUUCAGAUCGGGAUCAUGAUAGGGGUAGGGAAAGGGACCAAGACCAUGAUCGGGAUAGAGAGAGGGACAGGGUUCGGGAUAGGGAUCAGGAGAGAGAAAGGGACCGGGAUCGUGAAAGGGAUUGGGAUCAGAGUCGGGACAGAGACAGGGAUCGGGAAAGGGAUAGAUACAGAAGGUAUGAUUAUGAUAGAAGUUCCAGGUACACUGAUAGGGAAAGCAGAAGGGAUUCUGAACAGAGCAGCCGUGACAGAAGUAGGCAUUAUAGAGAAAGUAGUUCUUAUAGAAGCCGCAGUCGAAGCAGGAGCAGGAGCAGGAGCCGAAGCUCGCAAGCUGGCGCAUCACCAUUUGAUCGCCAUCCAACUCCUCAAAGGGAUGGAAACAAGGAUAAGACAUCUGCGCCUAGCAAUCUGGCUAAGCUCAAAGAUCUUUAUGGUGAUCUUAGUGAUCAGAAAGGGGAUGCUGGCCUGGAAAGGGUUCCUCGGAGGGAUAAUGAUGGUGAAGAGGUUUUUAGACUCGGUGGUUCCACUUGGAGGUAGGUAGUUCAAUCUUAAAACAGUAGCUUCAGUGGCUGUCACAUCAGCUGUAUCAAUGAGGUCUUCAGCCAGGCCAAAUUUCUGUUUGAAUCAAGAAAAUGUUCGCCAUUAUAAACUUCCCCCCCUUUCUCUAGUCAUAGUUCCAGAUUUCCGCAGAAGAUAUUCAUGGAAGCACUUGAGUGCGUGUUGUUGAGCUGUAGGGCUGCGUGCACAUUAGCCCCAAUCUAUCUUUUAAGUUUCAUGUGUACAAUUGUUUCAGAAAAACUCAGAUAAUUUCCAAUUUAACUUGUUAUAUUAAAUACGCAAGAGAACAUUCUUGGUCA